AUUUGCAGCUCUCUCGCUGACCUCUCUCGUCUGGGCACAGACAGACGCCGGUGGCGAUGAUCAUUUGGCAAGAGACCUCGCUACGCUCAUGGCUUUUGCUGCAACCAUCACUGUGGACGACACAGGACUUAAGGCGAAUUGGACUGGCGAUGAUGUCUGCACGUUUAACGCAACCAAGUGCGACAUGGUUCCGGCAGGAUACAAGGCCCUCGUUGGACUUGACUUCAAUCAAUACGGUCUUGGCGAAGGCCUGCAGUUGACUGGUUUCCUGGAUGCGCUGACUGACCUUCAAUUUUUUCAUGCCAACGGCAACGACUUCGAGGGCAUGAUCCCAGACCUUAGCAACCUGCAGAACAUCAGUGAGAUCGAUCUCAGCGUCAACGGGUUAAGCGGACCAUUUCCAACUGAAGUUCUGGACCUUCCACUGAUAUUCUUGGACAUCCGUUUCAACGAAUUCGAAGGCGAGCUUCCCGCCAAGGCCUUCGCAACCCCAACCCUUCAGGCCCUCUACAUCAACAACAAUAAAUUCACCGGACCCCUUCCAGAAGCCGUUGCCACCGAUAUAUUCUCCUUCUCCAUGUCCGCCAACCAAUUCACAGGGCCGAUUCCUGAAAGUCUUGCAAACUGGGCUGACUUGGAAGAGGCGUAUAUGCAGGAAAAUCAGUUGACUGGUAUUAUCCCCGAGUCACUUUGCGGGCUCACCAACAUGAGCUACAUUAAUGUGGCGUUCAACCCCGAUAUGAAGGGAACUUUGGGUCCAAUUUGCACAAGCCUGCUGAAGAAUGACGGCCUCAAUAUCACCGGUACUGGUCUCAAAGCCGCGUCCUGAAAGCGGGAAUUCAGGUGGAGCGAAACUUUGACAGCCGAUUGAUCUGGCUACGAAAAGCAUCGAUUGUGUGGAUGUUGUUGUUGA